UUGCUUGGAGACUCAUGGGAUCAGUGUUUAUAUUGGUUUAUCUACAGGAAAAUGUAUGCAGCUCUUGUGCUUUUCAUCUUCAUGUGCUUGACCACCAGCCAUGCGGAUCACCACCAUCCUUGCCAUUCACACAAUAUGAGCGGACUAAUGAGUGUGCUGUCCUCAAGGGGUGACACGAGAGCGUUCGGUGCGUUCACUUAUGAUUCAGUGGGCCAGAAGCUGCGGUUCCAAUCCAACGAGAGCUCCCCAACAAACUCUUCGAUUGGUUUGGAUCUGUUGAUGUAUUUUGCAGAGGGGAUUUUGUAUGAGAUUGACAGCAAAAACCAGAGCUGCGAGAAAAAGAAACUGCAAAUGACCUCGCAUCCGCUAGACAUCCCUGACGACGCCAAAUUCUCUUCCACUGUGACCUACGGGAGUUCUUCCAUUGAAGACGAGGGCUUGAAGCUCAAUGUCUGGGGAGGAAAACUGACCAGCAUGAAAGGUUCCUACACCAUGUAUGUAACCAUGGGAUGUUUGCCUGUGAACACUUUCUAUUUCACUGAAACCACAUCAUUCUUUUUCAGCAACUUAGAUGUUGAACUUGAGAUCAAGGAUCCAGAUCUUCUUGUGGUCCCCUCGUUUUGUCACGGGAAGCAAUUGGAGGACACCCCUGAGGGGACAGUAAACAGCUUCCUCAACGAGUUCAUGUAGACAAACCGAAAAAGAACCCUCCAUCGAAGCAUGACGUACCCGAGCUGUUGACUUGUCUCUCUCUCUUUUGUUUCUUCUGACACUGCAGUGCAUCACGCCUUGAUUCUGU